AUGACCUCUCACCCAAUCGCCACAAGCCACGUCUUCUCCACGAUACUCACGGCCCUCCUCCUCCUCAUCCAUUCUUCAGCCACAGCCACAGCCACAGCCUUGCCGGUCAACGUCUGGCCCAAACCCACCUCCAUAUCCUGGUCCUCCCCGUACACGAUCGCCACCCUCUCCCCAACCUUCCAAUUCGAUUCACCCUCAUCGCCAUCCAACCACUACCUCUCCGCCGCCGUCGCCCGCUACCACCGCCUCAUCUCCUCCGAGCGCCACCGCCCCAUAUACGACACCACCACCACCAACUUCUCCACAUCGCCCACUCCCCUCCAAUCCCUGUCCAUCUCCGUCGUCGACCUCGCCGCCCCGCUCAUUCAUGGCGUCGACGAGUCCUACACCCUCUCCAUCCCCAAUCACUCCGCAACCGCCGCAAAUCUCAGCGCCGCCACCGUGUGGGGGGCCAUGCGGGGGCUGGAGACCUUCUCCCAGCUGGUGUGGGGGGGCAGGCGGCGCGUGCCGGUCGGGGUGGAGAUCCGCGACGCUCCACUGUUCGGGCACAGAGGGUUUCUGCUGGACACGUCGAGGAAUUUCUAUCCGGUGGAGGAUAUCCUGAGGACGAUUAAGGCGAUGAGCCAUAACAAGAUGAAUGUCUUCCAUUGGCACAUCACGGACUCGCAUUCCUUCCCCCUGGAGCUGCCGUCGGAGCCGGGACUCGCCGCCAAAGGGGCGUACGGGCGCGGGAUGAGGUAUUCAGUUGCGGAUGUGGGUCGGGUCGUGCAGUACGGGUACGAGCAUGGGGUCCGGGUUGUGCCCGAGGUCGACACUCCCGCACACACGGGUUCCUGGGCCGGAGCCUACCCAGACAUAAUAACCUGCGCCGACAAGUUCUGGUGGCCGGCCGGCAGCCCAUGGGCCGACCGGUUAGCUGCGGAGCCAGGAACCGGGCAGCUCAACCCGCUCCACCCAAAAACCUACGAAGUCGUGGGGAACGUCAUAAACGACAUCGCAUCCAUGUUCCCGGAGCCAUUCUUCCACGGCGGCGCCGACGAGGUCACCCCGGGUUGCUGGAAAGCCGACCCGUCCAUCCAAUCCUUCCUCUCCCAACAAAACGGCACCCUCAGCCAAAUCCUCGAAACCUUCAUCAACAAGACGCUCCCCAUAAUCACAUCCCACAACAAGACCGCCGUGUACUGGGAAGACGUCAUCCUAGCUCCUGACGUCAAAGUCAACCCGGCUGUUUUUUCACCCGAGCACACCGUGUUCCAGACGUGGAACAACGGGCCCAACAACACCAAGCUGCUGACUGCGGCGGGGUACCGGGUCAUCGUCUCGUCGUGGGAGUUCUACUACCUGGACUGCGGCCACGGCGACUUCUUGGGGAACGACAGCCAGUACGACCGCCCGCCGACGAGCAGCGACGUGGACAGCAACGGCGACGUGGACAGCAACGGCGGAUCGUGGUGCGGGCCGUACAAGACGUGGCAGAAGGUGUACAACUAUGACAUAACGCAUGGGUUGAGCGAGGUGGAAAAGGGGAGGGUGUUGGGUGCUGAGGUGGCAUUGUGGUCGGAGCAGGCGGACGGGGCGGUGCUGGACGCGAGGGUUUGGCCGCGAGCGGCGGCGAUGGCGGAGGCGAUGUGGUCCGGGAAUCGGGACGAGAAGGGGAUAAAGAGGUAUGCGGAGGCGACGGAUCGGUUGAACGAGUGGAGGUAUAGGAUGGUCGGGAGAGGGAUUAUGGCCGAACCGAUUCAACCGUUGUGGUGCCUCAGGAACCCAGGGAUGUGCAACACCGUUAAGCCGUUCGUCGCUCAAUGA